AAAGGGUAAAUUGGACGCGGUUUUCCGGAACAAUCCGGAGCCCCCAAAACAAAAGAAACCCAAAUCCCUCCAUCCUCUUCCUUACCUUCCCAACUCGGCGGUUUCUGACUCGCCUCCGCAACUAUGUCCUACGACGACGUGGAGAUUGAAGACAUGGAGUGGAACGACGAACUUCAGGCCUUCACCUACCCUUGCCCCUGCGGCGACUUGUUCCAGAUCACCAAGGAGGAUCUUAAGCUCGGUGAAGAGAUUGCUCGUUGCCCUAGCUGCUCUCUUUACAUCACCGUCAUCUACAACAUGGAAGAUUUUCUCGAUCACUCCAAUCAGAAGAAUAACAAAGGACUUGAGCCCUCUAAACAACACCCUAUCGUAGUCGCUUAAUACAUAUUUCAGAACUGUCGAAUUCAAAUCAUGGCUUUGCCGCAGCAGCUGAGAUGAAAUUUUGUUAGCCAUUGCCAAUUCUGAAGAUGUUCUUUGGCAUUAAAGUUUCUUCCUUUGCUUCUCAUUACUCUUUUACAGAAUUGGUCUAGGAAAUAGAGGAAGGUAGAGUUGCGUCUGGAAAAAUGUAUUAAGGUACUAUUUUUGUUCCUUCAAAAAGUAAUUUAUAGAUACUUUAUCUUUUCACAAUCGAAUGUAAUGAUUGGUGAAUUCUUUUGUCGAAGUAAAUCUGAUAAUCAAGAGAAACUUUAGACAUAAAAUGGACGAAAGCUCUAAUAAUCUAAAAUGGUUUGAAUCUUUUA